AUGGCCUUCGCUGACGACAUGGUCGUAGACCACAAUAUUCUUCUUCACCAGGACCAGGAUGAUCAAGACAUUCUUAGUGAAUUCCUAGACCAGAGAGUGUUUGACUCCGUGAACUCCGCCUCUCCAGUGAACAGCGGUAUGCAAAGUCCCUACCAUCCUGAUUUUGACGUGAUGUUCCAGAAAUUCAAGCCCGAAGAUGACAUGCUUGAGGAAGCUGCAAAAGUAGAGCCCGAACAAGGCCACAACUACCUAUACCUGUCCCAUGAGAACUUCGAGAGAGACUCUUUUGCGAAUAAUACCCCAGAGAAGCACUCUUCCGACGACCUGGCUCUUUCUGUUUACGAACAGGUCCGUAAGGAAGUCUCGAAAGUGAAGUUUGGUAACCCAAUGCAAAAGGUGUGUCCUGACUCCUUGGAACUCGAGGACCCUUCCUACUUGGAUUUCUCCCCUGCCGCAAUGAAUGCCCUCCCAUAUAAGCUUGAUGUUGAGGACCUUCCCACAUACUCUAGAGUGGAAACCCAGAUCAAGUUACGCUUCGCUUUCAGCCCGGCUCCCAAAGAAACUUUGGUUCGCAUUCCACAAGAUUUAGUGUCUAAAACAAAACACUGUUUGCUGUCAAGCGCCGACACGUUGCCUGAUUUCCUUAAAGAGAACAUGCUCUAUAUGGAAACUUACGUCAUGACCUCCGACGGCAAGACUUCUUGCAACAUUUGCAAGCGCUGCAUCAAGAGGGAGCAGAAGAGAGCAUCGAGAUCGAAAACGGGCGGUGUUGAUAACGGAAUUUCUGACUCUCCGACGUCCGCAAGCAAGUCUCUUCCCAAUAUGUGGAGCGACGAGGAUAUGAUCAAGAAAGCCAUCAUUUACAACUCCAAGGAGAUGGUCAGUUUUGCACCACCAUCGGGACUAAUAGAUGAUCCAAGCAAGAGCUUGCAUUUCUCCGUUAGAAUUGUUUGUUACUGCAGACAUCACAAGGAGCAAGACGGCUUUAAGCUUCUAUUUGUCGUGAAAAAUUAUUUGGGUGAGGUUGUGGCCAAGCAUUUGCUGAACCCUAUCAUGAUCAUGGACAGAAAGAAAAACCAAUCUGCGUCAAAGGAGCCAUCAAAGCCCAGAAUCAAAUCGGAGGAUUCGGUUGGCGACAACAAUGACGGAACCUUGCACCCUCUUUCGCCCAACUCUAUUGACGACUCAAACUCAGAAGCUCUUGUCAACACGGAUACCAACACUGAUACCCUAUCCGGACACAGAGGAACGAAGAGAAAGAAGAUGUCGUUUGACGACAGUGGCAACACAUCAGCCAAUCCAAUGUACAACGGCUCGACAGGCUUAUCGCCUCUCAGUAACAGUGAUACAAACACAUCAAUCCAUAAUAUGAACCCAAAAAACAGUCUAUCUUUGGUGAACAAGAAUUCUGUGCCUGGCUCAUUCACACAGCUGGUCCAAGCCCUGCCUAUUCCAAGGCAGCGUCUGCAACAGCUGUUUGGCAUGGCACAACAAAAUAACAAUUACCCUAUGAUUCAAAAGAUCAUUCCUGCUCAAGGACCCAUCAGAGGAGGUAUAGAGGUCACUCUUUUGGGUUUCAACUUCCGUCCUGGAUUGAACGUUAAGUUCGGUUCUAAAAAUUCCUUGGCCACGCACUGCUGGUCUGACAGCACAAUGGUGACAUACCUUCCUCCUGCGGCUCAGCCAGGACAAGUCUUGGUGAGCUUCGAAAGUCUAGAGCAUGUCAUUCCCGUUAAUCAGCAGCUGAUAUUCACAUACACUGACGACACCGACCGCCAGCUCAUUGAGCUUGCGUUGCAAAUCGUUGGUUUGAAAAUGAACGGAAAGUUGGAGGAUGCCAAAAACAUUGCGAAGCGUAUUGUUGGCUCCGACUCUCAGUCUGGCAGUAACAGUGGCACUCCUCCUCAACAGACAAACGUGUCAGGAAUGAACCAGGCCAGUAAGGAAUGGUACGACAAUGCUCACAAGGCUGUGGAGCAGCUUGUGAAGUCCGAGCUCUCUACUGAAGAGAUUUUGAUUAACUUCCUCUCUUUGGUUGACUUGCCAAAUUGCCCCAUCAUCAUUCCCAACUGGCAGUUGUGCAACAACCAGGGUCAAUCCUUGUUGCACCUUGCUACUCUCAAGAACUAUACGCAUUUGAUCAAGUUUCUCAUCACUCACGGCUGCAAGAUUGAUAUUAAGGACAACCAGGGUCUUACGCCCUUGUUCUUUGCGUCAAUGUGUGGCUCUCGUGACUUGAUGAGGGUAUUUAUUGAGUGCAAGUCCAACUGGAACCUCAAAUUGGCCAACGAUAAGUUCUUGAAGGACUACAGUGAUAUCAACGUGUUGGAUGUGUUCAGUAAACUUGAAGCGGAGAGUUACAUGUCAGACGAGGUGAGCAGUGUGAACAACUCAGGCAGAGAGGUCGAGGAAGAGUUGACAAAAUCAUACAGCGUAGACUCAUUGAACUCGUUGUUCAUGAUUGACUACGGAAAGCAUAUUUCGAAGAUGGUGAUGGAAUCGUCCGCUGAAGAUGGCCAAGAGACAAGGGAUGCCGAGGUCACCGACAAUGCCUACGAAACUACAAGGCCUAAUUCUCCUGACGGAUAUGGCGGUGAUUCUUCCGAUUUUGCCGAUUCGGAGCUCGAUUCUGAAGAUAGUUUCUCGGACCACGGCCGUGAACCAUUCCGCAGACAAUACCAAAGUGGUCUUCACGACGAGGACGAUUACGACGAUGACUACCAGGAUUACGAGAGCAGCGACGAUGAAAGCGACGAUGCACAUGACGAGGAUGGCCCAGUCGAGGGCCCAGACAGACCACAGAGAAAGGGCUUGUGGCAGAAGAUGAAGAACGCUGUUUUCCACAGCGAUAACAGCGAUGCAGAGCUCCCCUCAUACGAUGAUCUCUUCCCCUUCGGACACCUGAACGUCGGAGAAAAGCCAAAGACACAACAGGAAAGGCAGCUUAAUGGUCUGCAGAGCAUGGAAGGCUCGCUGGCCACACGCAAGCGUCUGGCAACAGAGGAAGAUGCGGGACUCACAUCAGACUCGUCAGAAGACAUGGUGAUCUCGUACAUCAACCACCCGCGUAAGACGGUGGAAAGUGACAAGAUGUUGUUGUUCUUCUGGGUGCCGAUUCUCGUUUUCAUCAUUGGGUUGUUUUUGUACGUGAGGCUUACCGGCCAGCCAAUUGGAUUCGUGGAGAAGUUCAAGGACAUGGGCCGUGACACGCUCGGCAACUUUAUGGUUGGCAACGAGCACAUCACAAGGGUAUUCAGAAAAGAGGCUCGCAAGGCCGCAGGGGCCCUCAAAGGAGCAGUUGAAGUGUUCCAUCUUUGCCUUGGAGAGAUCUCGAAGACAAGUACAGAAACUGCCCAAAGGAUUCGAGCCAAAACCGGCUAUACAGUUGGACCAGCUACGGAAGAGAUCUUAAGAGCCAACGGGUUUGGUGAUGUUCGAGGAGGCUCACAAGCUGGAAACGGGGCAAUUCUAGCAGAUAUUAUCCUACAGGAUCUAGCCCCCGAGCAGCACAGUCAACGUAUUGUGUUCUUCACCGGCAGGAUACGCAAGGACGUGAUUCCUGUGAAGUUGAAAAGUCAUGGAGUGAACGUGGUGGAGGAGGUGAUCUACAAAACCGAAAAUAAGAGCGGCAUUGUGGCUGACUUUUUGGACCGCUGCAGUGCUCCUGUUGAUUGGAUCGUUUUCUUCAGUCCGCAAGGAACGGAAGGUAUAGUUGAGCACCUCCUGGACAAGAAACUCCCUGCAGCACGGAUUGCCAGCAUAGGUCCAACCACCGAGGACUACCUAACAUCAAAGGGCAUCUGCACGCAUGUAGUCGCUGAGAAGCCCACGGCCGCCUCGCUUCUUCAAAGUCUUGAGAGGCAUGAGGAGGCGAAGUGA